GAGGUCAACAGCCGGGAGGGAAGGCUUCUCGUGGAUUUUUACUUCUGGCAUUUCCCGAGCUGGACAUGCAGCGUGAUAUUGUUCGUAAACUGGCGGCCAGUGCCGUGUUGUCUUCGGCCACGGCCAGUUCUCCCCGCAACAAGAAACAACCCCAGUGUGUCAUCAUGUUCCAUCGACGACGUUUAAGUGUUUUGCAGUACGUCUUACUGGGCAUUUUUUUCGGGUCGUCCAUCUACUUAUGGACCAACCGAAUGAAUCUCAACCGACCAUUCGCUAUUCAACUGCUACAAAAUAAGGAAACUGAAGAGAACACAGAUGGUAAACCUGAUGUUGAAGAACUUAUCGAUGAUAAUAACAGUAUUCAACCAAUUGUCGAUCCCUUGUCGGCCAACUUGUGUGGAGAAGCGACAGUACCCACCGUCGAGCCUGUCGGGAUCGAACCAUUCCCAGAAUUCAAAUUCGAUUCCGAUGAAGAUGUCGAUUUGAAUCGAACGCUCGAUUGGUUGGAUUUGUGGAAUGACGAUGCCAACUGUACAAAAUACGAAUCGCGAGUUCUUAAACCUGGGAGUUAUCCCCAAGUUGGUGCUUUAGUCUCAUUCCCUGGUAGUGGCAAUUCUUGGCUGCGUAUGUUGUUGGUAGGCAUUACAGGUAUGUUUAUCAGCUCAGUUUACGCCGGUGAAGAUACCCAGUUCCAAUCCAAAGCUAACACUAGCUAUCAGAUUCCAGUUGACUGUGGAUGCACUUUGUUGCAAAAGACGCAUGAUUUUUCACUGGACGCCGUAUUGUACAGUUUGCCCGAAGCGAAUCGAACUAAAACCCUGGAAGAAUUCAAUGGCAAAGGCAUUCUAAUCAUACGCAAUCCUUUCAAAGCUAUACGAUCCUAUCGCAAUUUUGAUUUCACUGGAAUGGUCGGAGCUGCACCAGAAAGCGCUUUCUCAGGCACAAAAUGGGAUAAUUUUGUGAGUCGAUCUGUGGCCGGCUGGGAGACUUUGGCGACCGUCUGGAUCCGUGGAUUAAAACAAGGUGGCAUCAUAUACUACGAGCGCCUACAUCGGGAAACUCGAUCGGAACUGAAACGUCUGUUAAAGAUGCUCGGGUUGGGUUACGACAAAGAAAGACUCGAAUGCGUUCUACGUCACACGGCGGAUAAUUCAUUCAAACGCGAAUCUAAUCAAACGGCGCAAACCGAGUUCCCAUACACUGCCAGCCAGAGAUUAUUAAUUCACAAGGCGAUAGAAAGCGUGCAACUUGCACUGAAAGAACGUGGCUUGGAUCCACUUCCCAUUCAGUAUUACGACUUCUUUAACAUUACUCCAGAAUACGGCAUUCCAACGUGAUUGUUCUUUUUUCAACGAAAUCCUUGUUAACAAAUAUGCAUGUAUUGUGGCAAUUUUCUUGAACGUGAGGCGCACAGAUAUUCCCGAUAUAUUUUGACGAAAAAUCCAAACAAAAAUGCUUGACUGUCCAAAGGAUUUGCCACCAUGAUUGUUGCCUAAUGCUAAACUGUCUGCGUUUUUAACGUAGAUGGAUUUACUAGAAUGCAACAGAAGAAUAACGACGUUUUCUUCCGCAAAAAAUUUGAAUUAAAACUGUAUUAAUAUGUGUUCUACUUGAAAAUGACAUUGGAUGACAUGGAUUCACGUUGAAUGAAAAAAAAAAUUGCUGAUUGUCCUGAAAAAUUGUUAUUAAUAUGAAAAAAAACGCCCCCUGUACCUUCUAUCAAACAAAAUAAAUGAUAAAAGAUCUA